CGCCAUUUGAUUCGUCUUGCAAAUCACUUUUAUUAACGCUAUCGAACGCACCAUCUGCAUGCCGCGUCAGGAUAUUACAAUCCAUCCUAUAACAUGCUCCCCCAAUCACCCCUCCCAUGCAUCGCCCGACCAAAACCGGAAUAUCUCCACCAUCGAAAGUCCGAUCAACAAUCGGAGUACGUCAAUUUGUUCCCCUUGCAAAGCUGCACAGGAAACGUCAGCGAACGUUCCACUCGAUUGCGAGACCGUCAACCUACCGUCCCUGCAAGAACGUGAGUCCGGAAAUGGACCAGGAGACAAGCCCUCUACUCCUCCUCACCUGGCUGCCGGUUGCUCUGCUUCGUGAAGAAGAGGCACGAGUACCGCGUGCCCUCGAAGGGCGCGAUCCAGUGCUCGAGGACUGCAGAGCGGAACAGGACAACAUCCCCUGGCUGGAAGGGAAUCCUAUAGCCAAGGGCUGGCAGGCACAGCUCCCCUCCCUCAAACUGAGUAUCAGAGCGAGAGUGUUGCCUCGAAAUAUUCCAAAGGCUAGUCUGGCAUUCGAGCUAGGGUUAGCAUAG